AUGCCAUCACAACCUCCCCCCACUUCUGUUAGCAGCCGGGCUCUCCGGAUUCAACGUCGCGAUGGCCUAAGAUUCCUUGCGGAGCAAAAUCCAGGAGAUUCCCAAAAUAAGCCAGUCAAGCGGAAGAAUGAAACGGAUUCCGAUUCCAAUGAAACUGCUUCUAAGAAGCGUGCAGUGAAGCAGAUUGGCGCUAGAGGCAAAACAACCCGUGAAAGGCUUCUUGACAUUCUUGACGAGAAGCAUGUCAAGAAGAGGAAGCCCCGAACUUCGAGACCAUCGAUCCAGUCCACGAGCAAAGCCGCCAUCCAAGAGACACCUUCGAAUCAACAUGAAGUCGCACAUCCAAUCAUCCAACCAUCAUCAAACAUCAACUACGAGCAGUUCAGUGACGUUCAGCUGAAUGACAUGCUCAAGAUUGUCGGACUCGAUACAAGUGGCUUUGACAGGAAGGCACUUCUACAAAACUGCAACGCGUACACCGAACUAAUUGAUCUCCCUUCAGACUCACAGAAGCAAUUUGGUCAACAUCCAAUACAUUCGGAAUUGGUAGGUUAUCAGUUCAACACUCCGAUUGACCUCUGCACCCCUCAUGUUAGCCAAGCGGCCGUAGCUCAUUCUACCUCAAUAGAAACACCAACCACUAUCACACCCGAAGCUGGCUCUUCGACGACAUUCCUACCAAGCCUGGAGCACAAACGGCUUUUGUAUCCUCGACCGCACCCCACUAUACUUCAAUCUACAUCUAGCUCAGCUCCGAAAAAGGGUAAGGGAAAAGCAAAAGCUACAAUCGAAACUUCAUCAACAUCUGAUUGGCAUCCCGAAGAUGAUGAGAUGGAUGAGUCGCACACCGACCUCAAUAUUGGCGAGAUAGAUUCCAGCCUUCCUUCUCCUUCUGCAACCACUGCGGAACAAGGCUUUUCAUCUGCUCAACAACCCGCACCAGAGACCCAUCAUGAAAAGUAA